AUGACGGAGCCGGUUGAUCGGGUAGCAGUCCUGAGACGCCUCUCCUCGCUCAAAUAUGCGCAACUGAGAAAAGCAGCGAAGCGACAUCACAUCAACGCCAAUCGACGAAAAGCGGUUUUGAUCGCGGAACUGUUGAAAGUCUGGGGUGAUCCGGAUCAAUACGAUAAAGAAAAUAUCAGCCCAGUUAAAGUCAUACCAGCCCAGGUCCAACCACGCUUUUCGCCGCCAAACAGUCCGCAAAAUGACACGCUCAAUCUGACGUUCACUGUUGAUCCCGAAGACGAUAACACGAAUAAUGCUGAUGAGGAAAAUUCAAGAGGCAUAAUCCGCAGCGGACGCGAAAAAUGCGUUUUGGAUGUUGGCGAACAAGUGGACAGUGGUGCACCGGGCAAUGUGGAUAUUGUUGAUCCAAAUAUGAAUAAUAAAAACAGCGGAAAAUUGCCGAGACAUGGAAAAAGUAUUGCAAAUCUGUUUUCACGUUCUUGCAAUGUACACUACCUCGUCUAG